AUGUACAUUCACUGUGCCUGCCCCCAACCCCGCCCUGAGACCGCUGGUCACCCUGCCCUGCAGUUUGUGAAGGUGCCUAGCGGCGUGGCGCCCUCGGUGCUCUUUGACCUCCUGCUGGCUGAGUGGCAUCUGCCGGCCCCCAACCUGGUUGUGUCGCUGGUGGGCGAGGAGCGGCCUUUCACCGUGAAGUCCUGGCUGCGGGAUGUCCUGAGGAAGGGGCUGGUGAAGGCGGCUCAGAGCACAGGUGCCUGGAUCCUGACCAGCGCGCUCCGCGUGGGCCUCGCGCGGCACGUUGGGCAGGCUGUGCGCGACCACUCACUGGCCAGCACGUCCACCAAGUCUCGCGUGGUGGCCAUCGGCAUUGCCUCGCUGGGCCGUGUGCUGCACCGUCGGGUUCUGGACGAUGCCCAGGAGGACAGCCUGGUCCACUACCCCAUGGACGAAGGUGGCGGCCAGGGCCCCCUCUGCUCCCUGGACAACAACCACGCCUACUUCAUCCUGGUGGAGCCGGGGCCCCCUGGGAAAGGCGACGGGCCCACGGAGCUGCGGCUAAGGCUGGAGAGGCACAUCUCGGAGCAAAGGACCUGCCACGGGGGCACCAGCAGCAUUGAGAUCCCCGUCCUCUGUCUGCUGGUCAACGGUGACCCCAGCACCCUGGAGAGGAUUUCCAGGGCUGUGGAGCAGGCUGCCCCGUGGCUGAUCCUGGCGGGCUCAGGGGGCAUCGCUGACGUGCUCGCUGCCCUGAUGAACCAGCCCCACCUCCUGGUGCCCCAGGUAGCUGAGAAGCAGUUUAAAGAGAAGUUCCCAAGUGAGCACUUCUCCUGGGAGGACGUCGUGCGCUGGACAGAGCUGCUGCAGAACAUCACCUCCCACCCGCACCUGCUGACCGUGCACGACUUCGAGCAGGAGGGCUCCGAGGAGCUGGACACUGUCAUCCUCAAGGCCCUGGUGAAAGCCUGUAAGAGUCACAGCCAGGAGGCACAGGAUUAUCUGGAUGAGCUGAAGCUGGCCAUGGCCUGGGACCACGUGGACAUCGCCAAGAACGAGAUCUUCAAUGGGGACGUGGAGUGGAAGUCCCGUGACCUGGAGGAGGUGCUGAUGGACGCGCUGGUGAGCAACAAGCCCGAGUUCGUGCGCCUCUUCGUAGACAACGGCGCCGACGUGGCCGACUUCCUGACCUACGGGCGCCUGGAGCAGCUCUACCGCUCUGUUCCCCCCAAGAGCCUGCUCUUCGACCUGCUGCAGCGCAAGCACGAGGAGGGCCGGCUGACGCUGGCCGGCCUGGGCUCCCAGCAGGCCCGGGAGCUGCCCACCGGGACACCCGCCUUCUCCCUGCACGAGGUGUCCCGCGUGCUCAAGGACUUCCUGCACGACGCCUGCCGCGGGCUCUACCAGGCGGAGAGGGCCCCAGCCAGGCGGCCCAUGGGCCAGAAGUGGCUGCUGGACCUGAACCAGAGAAGCGAGAACCCCUGGAGGGACCUGUUCCUGUGGGCCGUGCUGCUGAGUCGCCAUGAGAUGGCCACCUACUUCUGGGCCAUGGGCCAGGAAGGGGUGGCAGCCGCCCUGGCCGCCUGCAAGAUCCUCAAAGAGAUGUCCCACCUGGAGACAGAGGCCGAGGCGGGCAGCACCCAGGCCUUCCUGACCAAGAUCUGGUGGGGGACAUGGCCUCUGGGCACGCCCGUCCUGCGGCUGCUGGGCACCUUCCUCUGCCCGGCCCUCGUCUACACCAACCUCAUCACCUUCAGGUCCGUCAGCCGGCUUGCCAGAGCCACUGGGGGGGCGGCCUUCCUGCUCACGCGCUGGCGGAAGUUCUGGGGAGCGCCCGUGACCGUGUUUCUGGGCAACGUGGCCAUGUACUUCGCCUUCCUCUUCCUGUUUGCCCACGUGCUGCUGGUGGACUUCAGGCCGCCUCCCCAGGGGCCGUCAGGGCCCGAGGUCGCCCUGUACUUCUGGGUCUUCACGCUGGUGCUGGAGGAGAUCCGGCAGGGCUUCUUCACUGACGAGGACACGCACCUGCUGAAGAAGUUCACGCUCUACGUGGAGGACAACUGGAACAAGUGUGACAUGGCGGCCAUCUUCCUGUUCAUCGUCGGUGUCACCUGCAGGAUGCUGCCCUUGGUGUUCGAGGCUGGCCGCACCGUCCUCGCCAUCGACUUCAUGGUGUUCACGCUCCGGCUCAUCCACAUCUUCGCCAUCCACAAGCAGCUGGGCCCCAAGAUCAUCAUCGUGGAGCGGAUGAUGAAGGACGUCUUUUUCUUCCUCUUCUUCCUGAGCGUGUGGCUGGUGGCCUACGGCGUGACCACCCAGGCACUUCUGCACCCCCACGACAGCCGCCUCGAGUGGAUCUUCCGCCGCGUGCUCUACCGGCCAUACCUGCAGAUCUUCGGACAGAUCCCACUGGAUGAGAUCGAUGAAGCCCGCGUGAACUGCUCCGUGCACCCCCUGCUCCUGGAGGACUCGCCCUCCUGCCCCAACCUCUACGCCAACUGGCUGGUCAUCCUCCUGUUGGUCACCUUCCUGCUGGUCACCAACGUGCUGCUCAUGAACCUGCUCAUCGCCAUGUUCAGCUACACGUUCCAGGUGGUGCAGGGCAACGCGGACAUGUUCUGGAAGUUCCAACGCUACCACCUCAUUGCGGAGUACCAGGAGCGGCCCGCCCUGGCGCCGCCCUUCAUCAUCCUGAGCCACCUGAGCCUGGUGCUCAAGAGGGUCUCCCGGAAGCAGGCUGAGCAGAAGCGGGCACGCCUGGAGGCCCCGCCCCCACUGGUCCAGAGCACCCGUAACUCAGGCACCCACAGAGGCUCAGUGACCCCACACCCACCCGAAGGGCCUGGGCAGUGGGAUGGGGGAGGACGGGAAGGUCCUCCAAACAGGGACGCCCCUGCCACCAGCGGCCUGCUGCCCACUUGCUUCUGCCACAGGGUGGACUCAGUAGCCAAGCACCUCGCAGGGCUGAGAGAGCAAGAAAAGCGGGUCAAGCGUCUGGAGUCACAGGUCAACUACUGCACGGUGCUCCUCUCCUCCAUGGCGGAUGUGCUGGCCAGGGGCAGCGCCUACUGGAACCCUCGGAACUUCGGCGGUGGGAGCCCACAGGCCCCGGCUGAACACGGAGGGGGCCCAGGCAGCAGAGAGCACCCAGAGGCUGGCUGGCCACACUUGAAUACCUGAGCCUCUUGGACUGUCAGCACACGGCCCACCUCUCCCGGAGCCCCAGGCCCGUGGUAGGCCUGGAGCUUAGCUGGUCAUCCUGGGCCCCAUGGACAUGCCAACCUGCCCCCGCCUCCAGUGGAGCCCCCACCCCCCACCAGUGGGGCAUGGCUCUUGUGCCCUUGUUAGAAGGAACAGCUCCUGGCCCUGCCUGGCAUUUUCCGGGACGUCUCUCGGCCUGGGAGAGCAGUGGUGUGUGGCGGGCCCUCUCCCUAGUGGACAGAAGCCCCGGAUCCUGUCCAGAAGCAGCCGGCCUGGGCCAGGAGAGCAGGCACUCACUGAGCACCUGCCGGGGGCCCCUCUCGCCAGGCGGGGAACUGCCCGGGGGCCCACACUGUCCUCCACCCAACCCGCGGUGCCGCUAAGAGACUGAUCUUUUUCUGAAA